AUGCUGACCAAAGAUUUACUUAAAGGACUUUUGUCUGGGAAUCGAAUGUCGCUUUCCAAGUCAAUUACCCUAAUAGAAUCAGCAAACCUAGACCAUCGUAAGCAAGCUACAGAAUUAUUAAGUGAGUUAAGUCCCUCUCCAAGUAGUAUUCGUCUAGGUAUCUGUGGAGCUCCUGGAGCUGGCAAAUCAUCAUUAUUGUUUAAGAUUCUUCCAUUUUACAUCCCUUAAAGGGGCUACUGGGUCAGAGCUUCCAACAUUUUUACACUCCUCUAGCCCACAAACCAAUGGUUCAGACCUUGAUUGAGUUCAGAUAAAAUUCGCAUGCAACACCAAGGUUCAUAAUCAUAAAAUGCAAAGUGACUGCUGAGCAAUAUAAGCAGUUUACGAAUAUCGUCAUUUUAAUUUAUGGAGCUGACAAAUCAACACUUAUCGAAACCUUAGGUCUCAAGUUUAUUAGCCACGGCAUGAAACCAGCUGUAUUAGCUAUGGAUCCAUCAUCAGUUCAAUUUGGCGGAUCAAUUUUGGGCGAUAAAACCCGCAUGCAAGAACUUUCAGCUCAUCUUGAUGCUUAUGUAAGGCCGUCUCCUACAAAAGGCGUUCUAGGAGGUGUGACAAGUGCUUGCAGUGAAAAUAUAAUUUUAUGUGAAAAUGCAGGAUAUAAUCCGAUCAUUAUAGAAACAGUUGGGCUUGGGCAAAGUGAGACCACAGUUGACGAAGUCACUGAUUUGAUUCUUCUUGUCGCAAAUCCUGCAGGUGGAGAUUUUCUGCAAGGAAUCAAAAAAGGAAUCAUGGAAGUCGUUGAUUUAGUGGUUGUAAAUAAAGCAGAGCCACCAUUCAGAGAAAAGGCUGAAAUGACCAAAUUUGAGCUAGAGCAAGCUUUUAAAAUGAGUGUCCGAAGAUAUGACAAUUGGGUGCCACCUGUGCUCCUAACUUCAGCCAAAAAUAAAGAGGGGAUUGAAGAGCUGGUCAACGAAAUUUUGAAUGCAAAAGAAAAACUGAAAUAUGAAAUUUUUGAGAAAAGGAAAGCACAGAUGAUAUUGCAAACCCAUAGAAUGAUGGAAGAUUUGCUGAGAGCAAAAUUAAAAGAAAUGAAAUCAAGUGGGGAUUAUAAUCAUAUCUUAGCUGAUCUAAAUCAAAUGAAGAUUAUUCCUAGAACUGCAGCUACACAAAUGUUAUCUUUGCUGGCUAAAGAUUAA